AUUAGCUCUCAAGUGGCUGACCAAAGUUUAGCCCCACUAAGCCUCAAAUAAAGUAUCGGUCCAGGCGGUCGUACCAGUUAUUCAGACUAACCGAGAAUUUACCGGAAUUGAGCAUCUUUUUGCUUGGGACUCGGAAGCUUUCAUCGAUCUACGGAAUCAAAAGUUGUGUUGUCGCAGACUGUCCUCCCCAAUCGCCAAUUGUCGACGGCAUCGCCCUCAUAAAAUGUUCUCUAGAUCGGCUCUCUCAAGAGGUGCCCAGCUUGCUGCCCGCAGGCAAGGCUGUUCACAGCUUGCUCAGCGAAGGGGUUACGCUGCUGCCGCAUCUUCUGCACCAUCAUCACUCACCUAUGACACCACCGAAGUUGCGGGUGUGAAGGUGGCCACCAGAGACUCUCACGGUCCGACAACAAAACUCGCCAUUGUCGCCAAGGCUGGUACUAGGUAUCAGCCUGCUCCGGGUCUUACUGUUGGUUUGGAAGAAUUUGCAUUUAAGAACACCCAAAAGCGACUCGCCCUACGUAUUAUCCGAGAAUCCGAGCUUCUAGGAAGUCAAUUACUUGCUUAUCACACACGAGAAGCAUUGGUUCUUGAGGCAAGCUUCUUACGAGAGGAUAUCCCCUACUUCACCGAACUGCUGGCAGAGGUCAUCUCCGAAACUAAGUACACCACGCACGAAUUUCACGAGGAUGUUGAGAGGGUUAUAAAGAUCAAGCAGGCCAAACUUGCCAACGAUGUUUCUGCCCUCGCUCUCGACUCGGCACAUUCGGUCGCCUUCCACACUGGCCUUGGUGCUCCCUUAUACCCGACGAGCUCAACUCCACUCAAGAGUUACCUAAACGAACACUCAAUCGCAGAAUACGCCAGCGCCGUCUAUGCUAAAUCGAACAUCGCGUUAGUUGGAGAUGGUGCCACAACUACUGCCCUGCACAGGUGGACGGAACAUUUUUUCAAGAGCGUACCUGCGUCGCCAUCGAACUCUCUGGCUCUUAACACGAAAGCUACGACGUACUACGGCGGCGAGCAACGUACGGCUCACACUGCCGGAAACUCCUUAGUUGUUGCCUUCCCCGGCUCCAGCUUCGGUACCUUCAAGCCUGAAAUUGCGGUCUUGGCUGCCCUAUUAGGUGGUCAACCCAAUGUGAAAUGGUCGCCAGGGUUCACUCUCCUAUCUAAGGCUGCAGCUUCAGCGCCUGGCGUGGUUGCCUCAGGAGUCAACCUCGCCUACUCUGAUGCUGGUCUAUUGACCAUCCAGGUCACUGGUGCUGCUGCUUCGGUUCGUAAGGCUAGCGAAGAGGCAGUAAAGGCUCUUAAGAGCAUCGCAGAGGGUGCCGUGAGCAAGGAGGACCUGACGAAGGCCGUUGCCAAAGCGAAUUUUGAUGCGUUGGAGGCUAGUCAAUCCGGCGUAUCAACUCUUCUGUCUGCUGGCUCGGGCAUCAUCCACACCGGAAAGCCAUUCCAAAUUGCUGAGACCGUCCAGUCUAUCGGCGGCGUCACAGCUGACAAGCUCAAGAGUGCGGCGAAGUCUCUCGUAGAUGGCAAGGCCACGGUUGCUGCGGUUGGUGAUCUUAACGUAUUACCGUAUGCAGAAGAGCUUGGACUAAAGGUAUAGAGGGCGGAACUUGGGAAACAAAGUGUACCAAUAGAUGAACCCACCGCUGUAGAGUCGAGGCGAGCCAUAUGUGCAUAUAGUAAAUCCCCUAGAAUUUUUUUUCCAUCUUCAACUACCUGCGCAACCGUCUACUGUAUCUUUUGGUAUAUGUAGUACCCCUCGAUCGUUAUGUGUGAUUGUUUAAGUUAAAGAUAUACCCAAUUUAAGAUAGCAAGGCCCCAUUCAACUAUUAUGGUGUCGUCCAGAGGAAAGAAAAGAAGUUAUAAAGUUACCCCCCAGGG